CCGUUGUUGCUGGGAGAGCAUGGCACGGCUCCAGGACCCCUGUGCUCACACAGGAGAGAAGUGAACGAAUGAGAGAGAGAGAGAGAUAGAGAGGAGAGAGAGGGAGAAAGAAAGAAAGAGGUACAGUUGGGCUGUUUCACGACUGUCACAGCUGCUUGAGCACUGCACUGAGUGUUGCUGAGUUUCAGUCACACACACUUUCUCUCACAUAAACAAGGGAGAAAAGAGAAAAAAAGGAAGGAUGAUGGCCGGUUUGUCGCAGUUGUGGGUGCAAUUGUGAAUGAAGAAAGAGGAAAUCUACUGGGGUUCCACCACUUUGCAACCUCUCUCCUCUCGGCGCUGCGUCUUCCUCACCACUCACACUUAAGAGGGAUUUAACUUUUUUUUUUGUUUUUGUUGUUGGCACAUCCGGAACUCUCUUUGACACUCUGACAUGGAGUCUCCCACCAAAGAGAUCGAGGAGUUUGAAAGCACGGCCCUGAAGUACCUGCAGCCGGAACAGAUUGAAAAGAUUUGGCUCAGGCUCCGUGGACUGCGCAAGUACAAGAAGACGUCCCAGAGAUUAAGAUGUCUGGUGAAGCAACUGGAGAGAGGAGAGGCUUCCCUCAGUGACCUCAAGAAAAACCUUGAGUAUGCAGCGUCGGUGCUGGAAUCGGUUUACAUCGAGGAGACGAGGCGUUUGGUGGACACAGAGGAUGAGCUCAGUGACAUCCAGUCAGAGUCGGUACCCUCAGAGGUGCGGGAUUGGCUGGCCUCCACCUUCACUCGCCAGAUGGGCCUGAUGCUGCGGCGCAAUGAAGAGAAACCUCGCUUCCGCAGCAUCGUGCACGCAGUCCAGGCGGGAAUAUUUGUCGAGAGGAUGUACCGACGCACCUCCAAUAUGGUGGGACUCAGCUACCCCCCUUCUGUCAUAUCUGUGCUGAAGCAUGUUGAUAAGUGGUCGUUUGACGUGUUCGCCCUAAAUGAAGCCAGCGGGGAUCAUGCACUUAAAUUCAUAUUCUACGAGUUGCUUACAAGAUACGACCUCAUUAGCCGUUUCAAGAUCCCAAUCUCUGCGGUGGUGUCGUUUGUGGAGGCCCUAGAAGUGGGAUACAGCAAACAUAAAAACCCCUACCACAACCUGAUGCACGCUGCUGAUGUCACACAGACUGUACACUAUUUGCUACUCAAGACUGGCAUGGUGCAUUGGUUGACUGAGCUUGAGAUCUUUGCCAUGAUCUUUGCGGCGGCGGUGCACGACUACGAGCACACAGGGACCACAAACAACUUCCACAUUCAGACAAGGUCAGACACAGCAAUCCUGUACAAUGACCGCUCAGUGUUGGAGAGUCACCACGUCAGCGCAGCGUACCGCCUGCUUCAGGACGACGAUGAAAUGAACAUCCUCUACAACCUCUCCAAGGACGACUGGAGAGAGCUGCGGGCUUUGGUGGUGGAGAUGGUAUUGGCCACAGAUAUGUCGUGCCACUUCCAGCAGGUUAAGACCAUGAAGAACUUCCUACAACAACCUGAGGGCAUUGACAAGCCCAAAGCCCUGUCCCUGCUGCUGCACACAGCAGACAUCAGCCACCCGGCCAAAAGUUGGGACCUCCACCACCGCUGGACCACCUCCCUACUGGAGGAGUUCUUCAGACAGGGGGACAAAGAAUCAGAGCUCGGCCUGCCGUUCUCUCCACUCUGCGACCGAAAGUCCACAAUGGUGGCACAGUCCCAGAUCGGGUUCAUUGACUUCAUUGUGGUGCCCACCUUCACCGUGCUGACGGACAUGAUGGAACGUAUCGUCAAACCGCUCAUCGACGAGGCGUCCCAUUCAGGCUUUGCUGGCUUUCGACGCUCAAGUCUGAACAGUAUUAGUUCGGAGGAGACCAAGAGGCAAAGUGUGAAGAGCUCCGACAGCAGCUCGUCAGGACAAAGCUCUCUGCUGACGGUGGACCUGAAGAACUUCAAGGCGUUGUGGAAUGAAGAGGUUUAUCAGAACAGAGAGAGGUGGAAAGCUCAGGCAUCUAAAGAGGCGGAGGAGAGAGCUAAAAGGGAAGCGGAGGAAAAAGCCCAGCAGGAAGAGGCCAUGGAGCCCCAGGAGGUCGACGCAGAACCAGAGCAGCCUGAACCAAAGGAGGACCAACUGGAGGGAGAGGAGCCCGAGUCCACGGAGGUCAGCCGACCACCAGAUGGUGACACGGAGGAAACGGAGCAGGGGGCGCAGCCUGGGAGCGACACACACAAGAAUCCGCCACUGCAGAACGGAGAGUUGUCUGAGGGGACUGAAUCUCCAGAGGGUGAAGAAAACAAAAACAAAGGAGACGAUGAAGCAGAAAUGGCGAUGGAAUAAGCGAGCUGUGCAGAGUCACUGUCACGCUGAACCUGCUUUUACCUGUACAGGAAGAUAAACUCGCACCAGAGGGAAAGCCAUAAGUUGGACUGCGUCGCCCUCUACAGGACACUAAGAAACUGACACUCUCACUUCCUUUUGAUUUGACUUUCACCAUGUUUAUACUCCCAGAGCUUGCAGCUCCACCCAUGUGCAUUACUCCUCCCUCCCUGCUUACUGAUAACGACAAUACAGAGGAAGAUUUAUUGACCUUAUGAUGACGGGAUGAAGAGGAGCCUUUGAGACUCUGAAAAUGUUGCUUUUCUUUUUGCUAUUUUGCCAAUCUGAAGUUGUGUGUCAGCCACACACAUGUAGCCAUCGUACACACUUCUCACUGCUGUGGUGUGUUUGCUUCUCCAUCUUUGUUAGACUUUGGCGUCACAAGUAUUGUCGGGUACAAAAGUUAACUUAGACAUAUAAACUUUUGCUUUACAGUAAUUUAUUUUGGUACUUGCUGAAGAAUACAUGAGAGCAGAUAUGUGGGAGAAUAGAUCAAGAGAGACUCCUAUAGCUGCUAAACAGUAUGUACGGCAGUGUGUGUACAGUGCUCUGGGGUUAAAUUCACAGGUUUAUAGUGCUACUAUUUUACUAAAAAAGUACUCACUUAAAAGCUACUACUCUGUGUAGAAACUUUUCCCAUGCUUUAGGGGCUCCUGUUGUGAGUCUCUUAUGCUUGCUGAGGCUUCAAGACGUCACUGAUUUUCUCCCAUGUUUACUCUCUUAGUGCUUUCCUCCAACAUUGUGCAAUUGUAAUGGUUCCCUUGCAGCGAGGUUAUAUUAAUUUUUCUGUCUGUGUUUCUGUCCUCUUUACUGUAUAUAUUGAGAAUUUGUAUAUGUAUGGAUCUGAGGAGGAGUAGAAAUCCUACGAUUCCACAAUCCACCUUUUGUUUUUGGAUAUAAUGUAAGAUACUGUAGUGAGAAACGUCCAAAAAUUAGAAUGCAACUUUUGCAUUUCAAACAUAUCACAAGUUUUUGUAACAUAUAAAAUCUUUUACUUUUCUUUUUUGUAACGUUCUUAUUUUGCAUUUUUUGUGUCCUCUAUUAUGAAUCAUGCACUCGAUGUGUCUAAUAUCUUCACACUGUACGUCAUUUCUUCGUCAAAAGACUUAUUCUCGAUGCCUUCUUAUAUGUAUUUAAGCUGUAGCAAAAAGUCAAAAAACUGUUGCUGAAUUAGAGAAAAAACUUCUGUAGGUGUUUUAUUUUGCAGUACAGUUGUGUUACAGCAGCUUCGCCUCCGAGGUUGUUGUUGUAAUGUUUUAAUCGCCAUGUUUACAGCGUGCUCGUGCAGCCAGUUGAAUCCAUCAUGCUUCUGUGAUGCAUCCAAGGCUAUGAGUCCAAACUGUAUCUGCUUCUUGGUUGUUUGCCAGGUUUUAAAGGCUUGUAAUGUUGUGUA